AUGCCUUGUCUCGCGACAAUGACCGACCUCACGCCUGACAGGCCCACGUCGUCCGGCAUCGUCGCUGGAGAUGAGCCACUGGCAUUGAAUGACCUACACCCUCCAGAAAGAAAAGCAUACGGUGCCGACUCUGACUUUCUCUGUGAGAAGUGCGCUGCACUCACUUACGAGCGCAUGCGUGUUUCAGAAGCAUCAGCAGAAGGGCAACUGCACCACGACAACUGGACAACGCUGAAAGAAGCCGCAAGUCUUGGCUGCCGUUUGUGCAUGUUUUUCACAACUGCUCCUCUUCAUCCUAAAUCGUCUUCACGCUCGGUGUUCUACUCGGACAGUAGUGGACCACUUCGGCUCAAGAUUGUGCAAACAUGGAAACAGGAGACAACAUGCCUCCACGUGUGUGUACCACAGGACAGCUAUUCUGCUGCUGUUUACUAUCUCUACCUUAAGACAGAUGCUCCUGAGAGGAUCCCACGCUGCGAAAUCGCGAUGAGCGACUCAGAGCACGAUCGUCUUUCAAGGCCUGCAAUCGACAAGAUUCUGACCUGGUCACGAAACUGCCUGAUGCAACACCCUCUAUGCCGACGACAGACCACAUCCAGGCUUCCGAAGCGUGUUGUCGACGUUCUUCCACCUGAAUUACCCGGGCAAGUCCGGUUGGUAGAUGGGAAGAGUUGCCCAGAGGCAGAAUACGUUGCACUGAGCCACUGCUGGGGUAUGAUGCCGCCAAAUAGUAUCGACCUCAUCUCUAAAUGUGAGACAGACAACAUCAACUUAUUGCAAGAUGGUGUCCAAACGGAUAUGUUGCCCAAGUUGUACCAAGACGCGAUCAUGUUGACGAGAGCAAUCAAGCAAAGAUACAUAUGGAUCGACUCCUUGUGCAUUGUUCAAGACAGUAGAGACGAUUGGGCCUCACAGUGCGGGCAGAUGUCUGAUGUCUACUCCAACAGCUACUUGACGAUCUCUGCAAUGUCCUACGAAAACAACUUACGAGGAUUCCAAAAGGUGCGCUCCGAAGACGUGCCUCCACACCAUACGUUGUGUCCUUUGCCUGCACACCCUGGAACUCAUAUUUACGUACGAUCGAUGAUCGACCACAAGUUCAGGAACGAUUAUCUAAAAUACAGAGGCUGGGCUUUUCAGGAACUCCUUCUUUCCCCACGCGUACUGCACUUCACGUCUACAGCUAUGGCGUUUGAAUGCGACACGUGUACUGUCCUAGAGCGUGGUCCAGGCAGUGAUUCGUUAUUUGGAUUUGACGCAGGCAGGAAGAGGCUUAUACACCGGGCGUCCAACGCUUCUGGAGAUGUUCACACCAGACAUUACGACCCCUGGCUCCAUGUGGUGCAGUCCUACUCCCAGCUAGAGCUUACCUACACAACCGAUCGACUGCCGGCAUUGUCCGGCAUAGCGUGUCUGGUAGCAUCGAAGACAGCCGAUGACUAUGUUGCAGGUCUGUGGAGGAGAGAUAUAGCAGCAGGCCUGCUAUGGUAUGUCUGGCCUCCCCAAUCAGUGAAAUCGACCUACGUUGCCCCUUCAUGGAGUUGGGCUUCUACUACCGCCGUUUGGACCUUUGAUCCUGCACGCCGUCGCUUCCUCAGAUUGAAAGUCAUCGACGUGCACACGCAACUUUCGACUAGCAACCCUUAUGGGGAGAUCUCGGCAGCAUCUCUGACGAUAUCUGGCCCACUUAAGCGAUGCACAACCAGCCAGCUCAUCAGAAAAGGCCACCGGUACUUUCUAAUGAAGGGUGAAAAUCCGAUCACAGUCCGUUUUGCACUCGAUGCUGGCCAGGUCAAACGUUCGAGAUCAGAACAUUUCUGGUGCCUGGACUGCACAGUGGACAAGGCUGGAGACGUUGCAAUAGCUCGGACGACGCAAAGAAGAGAGACAUUCUUCCGUCCUCAUGGACUCAUGCUGGAGCGCACUGGUGAAGAAGAGCAUCUAUACGGACGUAUAGGGGCAUUCGAAGUCUUUCAUGUUACCGACGACAACAUGGACUGGCACAAAACAGGGUUUGUGACAACGACUAUCAAAAUGAUAUAA